UGCGCCACGUGCGCGCGCCAGGGCCCUUGCGCGACAUCCUCAGCUAAGGAAUCAACAACAGCCCUGCCCCUCCUGAGAUCCUCAAGACUGAAGAAGUGAGUGCCUUCAUCUGCUCGCUUAGUGUCUUGAGUGCUGGGAGAGAGAUUCUGCAUGGGUGCGCAGGAGAAGCAUUGCGGAACACGAUGGAUGCAGUGAUCUCAAUCCGGAUGACACUGCGAGCGUUUCACGAGAUUUCCAAGUCGCUAAUCUUCACUCCGCUCAGCCCACAACAUGGGUGCCUACAAGUAUAUCGGUGAGCUGUACAAAAAGAAGCAAUCGGAUGUCCUCCGAUUUCUUCUCCGUGUGCGGUGCUGGGAGUACCGUCAGUUGAAUGUUAUCCACCGCGCCUCCCGGCCUUCGCGUCCCGACAAGGCUCGCCGAUUGGGCUACAAGGCUAAGCAGGGCUACGUGAUUUACCGUGUGCGGGUCAGGAGGGGCAACCGCAAGAAGCAUGUCCCCAAGGGCGCAACUUACGGCAAGCCCGUCCGCCAGGGUGUGAACCAUCUCAAGCCCCAGCGUGGUUUGAGGAGUGUGGCCGAGGAGCGUGUCGGCAGGCGAUGCGGCAACCUCCGUGUCUUGAACUCAUACUGGAUCAAUCAGGAUGGAGUUUAUAAGUACUACGAGGUCAUUCUCGUGGAUCCUAGUCAUAAGGCUAUCCGUCGGGAUGCCAGGAUCAACUGGAUCACGAAGCCCGUGCACAAGCGCCGCGAGGCUCGCGGUCUCACCAGUAUUGGCAAGCAAAACCGUGGUUUGGGCAAAGGCCACCGUUACAACCACACUCCGGGCUGGUCUACCUGGAAGAAACACAACACGCUCAGCCUGCGUCGCUACCGGUGAUAUCCUGUUGUAUUUCUGUUGUCAUGUUCUUCGUCGUAUCGCAUCGCACGCCCAUGUUCUCUCAUGCUCGUUAUGGAUGUAUGUCUCU